ACCUAAUCCUCGCCAAUUCGAGAUGGUAAUCGGUCUUGAUGGUAUAUAAGAGCGGAAGAACGGACUCAUAUUCAACCCAAUCCCGGCCAACGUCUUCUAGCGUGAACAACCCUUUAAUUUUUAGAGCAAACAUGAAGUGCCUUAUGAUGAUUGCCGCCUUGCUGAUGAUCUGGGCAACGAUCUGUUUGGCUAAUCCAGCCGAAGCCGAGGUGACCAAAGCGAUUGACGGUGAGGCGCACGACUUGGUCGGAGACGAACACUUUCUCAAGAAAUACAAGAAACACCGGGCCUACCAUCCAGUCCCCGUCUAUCGGCCAGUUUAUCACCCGGUACCUGUUUACCAUCCCGUUCCCGUCUACCAUCCAGCUCCGGUUCACUACAAGAAGUUCCACAAGGGUUAACUGGAAUACACACUUCGUGGCAUUCAAGUUUCUCCAGUGAAUAAAAACGCACAAAAACAAAAAAAAAAAAAAAAAAAAACAGGCAGAGCUACAACUCAAACAAAAACAACCCAAAAAAAUGUCGAGCUUUCUCUGCACAACGUGUACCAUUUCUUUCACCUGUCAAUCACCGUUGCCAACUUGUUACGGCACAAUGUGCUUCAAGUUAUUUGUACUUAAAGGGAAUUCUUUUUUCGCUCUUGAUUUUUUGUUGUUGAAAUACACGCUUUUGUAAAGAAA